CCACGAAUCGUGUGCACAUUUGGACAGAUACAAUAGCCAGUUUGUGAAAGUAGAACACUAACAGCUGCACUAGACUAUCAUUCUGUGUUCUAGAGUACCAUUCGACCAUACCUCAAUCCCUCCCCCAACAAGCAUCCACUUCCAUCGUACCACAAAAGACUCACCACAUAUUCAUUCACACACAUGGAUCACCUACGAACCGAAGCAUAUUCAAGAGACCAGAGCCGAUCAGAGUCAGUACCAAAUACCGGAACCUUAGAAGACGAACCGUUGCUUAAAAUCCUCCCAGAAACUCCAAGCAUCCCAGGCACCCCAGACGAGACAGAUGAGCUUCCCUCCGAUGUGUUGGAACUCCCUUUAGUUGUCCGCGAUGCCGUAACCCUCACGGAUGACCCGACCAUUCCUGUGGUGACCUUCCGCUUUGUUCUCCUCACCAUUGUGUUUGUUGUGCCCGGGGCGUUUCUCGACACGAUGAACAGCUACCGAACCACCUCUGCAGCGUACUCGAUCUUCUUUGUCCAGAUUGCAUCGCACUGGGCGGGAAAGUGGCUAGCCCGGACCCUUCCCAAGAGGCAGGUCGGCUUUGGAAGUCUCCGCUUUGACCUCAACCCCGGACCGUGGUCUAUCAAGGAGACGGCGCUUGUAACCAUCGCGGCGGCGCUGGGUGCCACCGGAAACCUUGGAACCAGCGGGAUCUCCUUGGCCGAGCUCUACUAUCACGAGAAGGUCAACCCGGUUAUAGCCAUUCUCUACAUGUGGGCAAUUGUCUUUACUGGCUACUCGUACGCGGCAAUUGCACGCAAUUUCCUCCUCUACGACCCCAAGAUCACCUGGCCACAGGCCCUCAUGCAAACAAACUUGUUCAACUCCCAGGCCCGGUCUGAUCGUGACAGUAAACUUGGAUCCAGCCAGAUGCGCAUCUUUUUCCUUGCACUUGUGUUCAUGACCUGCUGGCAGUUUCUUCCUGAGCUUGUCUUUCCGUUCCUCUCGUCCCUUGCGGUGCUCUGUUGGAUUGCGCCCCACAACCACGUGGUUAACUUUCUCGGUUCAGGAAUGGGCGGAAUAGGGCUCCUCAAUCUCUCGCUCGACUGGAGUAACGUCACCUCUAAGAUCAUGAUCUACCCAUACUGGGUCCAGGUGGUACAGUUCACCGCGUUUGUUUUCGGUGCCUGGAUCCUCCUCCCCAUUGCCAAGUGGAGCAGUCUUGUAGAGUACAAGUUCGGUCUCAUGUCCAACGGCUUGUUCACGACCGAAGGCGCUCCGUACCCAGUUGCGGAGUUGAUCACCCCCGAGCUUAGGUUCAAUGAGACGGCAUACGCGCACUUCGGGGAGAUUCACAUGGGCGCACAGAAGGCGUGGAACACAUUCUUUGACUACGCAGCGUACGUUUCAGGCGCUCUCUGGGCGUUGAUUUACGCGCGCGCACAGCUAAUGGCGUCCGUGAAACGUGUGUGGCACGGCCGUCACACAGAGAAUAACGUCUCCGCCAGCCAGGAGUUUACCGACCGCUUGAACCGGCUCCAGGGGGCCUAUCCUGAUGUCCCACAGAGCUGGUACAUUUUCCUCUUUCUCGGCUCGUUUGUGACCCUCACGCUCAUUUUUGCAUCUGGAGGCAUGUUCAUCCCCGUGUGGACAUACUUCGUAGCGUUGGUGUUCGGUGCGGUGAUCGUAACGCCUCUCGCGUGGCUCUAUGCCGUAUCAAACUUCCAGCUCGCUAUCGGCACCUUCAACGAGCUUUUGUAUGGCUACAUGGUGCAGAAUCUUUCUCACAGACACCCCGCGGGGGCAUCUACGUAUGGUGCCAUUGCUGGGGACGCCUGGUACCGGGCUCAAUUUAUGCUCCAAGACCAGAAAAUCGGCCAUUACAUGCACCUUCCGCCACAGGCUGUUUUUAUGUCUCAGAUAUUUGGUGAGCUCAUCGGUGUUCCCGUCAACUACAUCGCCUUGCGUUGGGUACUAGAUACAAAACGGGAGUACCUCACGGGGGCAAAGAUCGAUCCAUUGCACCAAUGGACGGGUCAGGCCCUUACCAGCUCCAAUACCAUGGCUAUUCAGUACGUACUUCUCGGGCCAGACCGUCUUUUCAAGCACUAUCCGCUUCUUCCCUACGGGUUUGUGCUUGGAGCCGUAGCGCCGAUGGCUAUUUACUACUUACAUCGGAAGUUUCCCCGUGCGCGUUUUGACCUCUACAACUCUACGGUGUUCUUCCUGACUAUGAGCAAGUUCUAUGGAAAUCUUUCCACCGGAUACCUUUCACAGUUCAUCGGGGGGACCGUGACCAUGUUUUAUGCCUUCCGCUACAAGCACUCGUUAUGGAAGAAGUACAAUUAUAUCCUCGCUGCCGCGUUUGACACAGGAUUCAACCUUGCGGUGCUUUUGAUCUUUUUGUUGUUCAGCUUGUACCCGGUGGACAUGCCCCAUUGGUGGGGUAAUAAUGCAGAAUCAGUUGAGAGGUGUUUUGCGUUGUGAGUUAUAAAACUAGAAAAGGUAUUAGAAGUUUGGUGAAUCACUUAAAGAUAGGUUUAUACAACAUUGAAAUCCCCAAAAGAUGCUUGAAUAAUGGGGCU